AUGCCGAUCAAUAACUACUACCUUGUACUCCCCCUCAAUUCCAAUUUUACACCCACAUCUCACCAACCCAUCCCACAUUCUACGUCUAUAAUCAAAAUGCGCGCCGUCCAAGUCAGCGAAUAUGUCAAGGGCCCCCUCGACCUAAAAGUAACCGACGUACCAACCCCAACCCCAGCAGCAGACAAAUACCUCAUCGAAAUCCACUCCGCAGGCACGAACUUCUUCGACAUCCUCCAAAUCCAAGGCAAAUACCAACACCAGCCACCACUACCAUGGAUCGGCGGAGCCGAAUUCGCUGGCACAGUCCUAGCAACACCCAGCGGGUCCCGCAACCGAUUCCAAAUCGGCGACCGCGUCUUUGGCGCGACGCAAGGCGCUUACGCCACGCACGUGCUGGCCUCUGAGACGACACUCCUUCCCGUGCCGGAGGGGUGGAGUUUCGAAGACGCGGCUGGGUUGUUUGUUACAGCGCCGACGUCUUAUGGGGGACUUGUUACGCGGGCUGGAGUUAAGGCUGGGGAGUGGGUUCUUGUUCAUGCUGCUGCUGGUGGGGUUGGACUUGCUGCUGUGCAGAUUGCCAAGGCGAAGGGGGCGACUGUUAUUGCUACUGCGGGGACGGAGAGGAAGAGGGAGGUUGCUAAGGCUUUUGGGGCUGAUUAUGUGGUUGAUUAUGGGGAUAAGAAUUGGCCUGAGAUUGUGAAGAAGUUGUGUCGGGAGAAUAGGAAGGGGAAUGGGGCUGCUGGGGUGGAUAUUGUUUAUGAUCCUGUUGGGAUGAUUGAGGCCAGUUUGAAGUGUGUGGCGUGGAAUGCGAGGUUGCUUGUUAUUGGGUUUGCCGCUGGGAAGAUUGAGAAGGUUGCGUUGAAUCGGGUGCUGCUUAAGAAUGUGAGUAUUGUGGGGUUGCAUUGGGGACAGUAUGCCAAGUUUGAGACGGCGACUGUUGGGGAUGUUUGGAAUGGAAUCUUUGAGCUUGUGCGCGCCGGAAAGUUCAAGGGCACUUCGUUCAAGGACGAGAGCUUUGUUGGACUGGAGAGUGUGCCUAGGGCUUUGAAGGCUCUUGGUGGGAGGGAGACCUGGGGUAAGGUUGUUGUGAAUGUUAUUGGGGAGGCGAAGAGUAAGCUGUGA